AUGGACAGGACCUGGAUUUGUCACCUCGCUGUCCUUCAGGAGCUCUGCGUCGUCCGUGUUGGCAGGGACUCCGACUUGUCGGUGGCUGGAGGAUCUCCGCCGCAUCGGUGCGGGAGGAUGCCUGGGGCACCGAUGCGGGUGGUGCAGCGCAGUAAUUUUAUAACCAUGCAUGAGCAGCUGGAGCCAAUUGAAAACAACUUAAACCACUACUGGAGCAACAUUCAUUGCCCGCGCACCGACGGGACGAGCACCUGGAAGAGCGAGUGGCGCAGCUACGGCGUCUGCUCGGGCCUCAAGGAGGUGGACUACUUCAGGGCCGCACUCAACCUCCGCAAGAACGCCGACGUCCUCGGCGCUCUCGCCGAGCAGGGCAUCAACCCGGACUACAGGCUGUACAGCACGGAGCACAUCAAGUGGGCGGUGAACCAGAAGCUUGGAGUGAUGCCUGGGGUGCAGUGCAGGGACGGGCCGUUCGGCAAGAAGCAGCUCUACCAGAUCUACCUUUGCGUCGACAAGAACGGGGAGGCCUUCAUCGACUGUCCCAAGCUGCCCAAACUGCAGUGCCCUGAGGAGGUCCUCUUCCACCCCUUCCACACGUGGAUGCUCAACGCCACAUCGCCUGCCAAGAUCAUGUUGCCCACCAAGGCCUGA